AACAAAAUUUGGCAGCAAGCUUUCGUUUGUUAUUCAAAUGCAAGGAAUCAAACAUGCUGCUGUGAUAGUGGAAUUUUGAGCUGCAAAGUUGGUGGACCUGAAUAUGCGGAAAGAUGUCCGUUCCGUUUUCAGGCACGUUAAAGAGGUCUGCAGGCAUCAGCAGUGCAAUUGCCAAACAGCUGCGGUUUGUGAAUUUGAAACCACUGAAAAAGGUUAUUGUUAAAUUUGAUCCUUUCGACAAAAAUGUAACAGAAACCAGGGAAUUCCUGUUCAGUCUGACAGGCUCAAAAAUUCUAGCAACAAACCUUAACUGUAAGAUCAAGACAGAAAUUUUGUGUGACCGAAGUGAGCCAUCCAUCACUUUUACACUAAACAGUAAAGAAGUGAUAGUUUUCAAAAGCGGGAAUCUAACCAAUCUGGAGCUUCUGCAACUUUACAACAAACAUAUCACACCACUAGCAACAACUGAAGAACCAGAAACCAGCAUACCCAAAACCAAAUCUGAGAAAAAAGCUGGCAAGAGGCGUUAGUUAUAGCGUUAUGACAGUCAUUAUUUACCUGUAGAAACCAAAAUGUCAAAAAAAAAUUAUAAUCUACAACUGAUUGACACUAUUUAUGAACAAGUACCUGCAUUUACAGAUUUGUUUGAUGAAGAUACUUGGUAUG